AUGAUUGAUGAUAAUAACUGUUUGGCUAAGGUUUUCCGACGAGCGCGUGACCACUACGAAACUGUUGGAGAAGAAUUUGCUGUUAAAUUGGUCCCAGAUAAGGGAAAGGGAAAGAAUACGAUCUUCCGGCAGCUACGUGAUGAUCACCCUUUAUACAUGAGCCUCCAAUACCCUCUUUUGUUUCCAUUUGGUGAGUAUGGUUUCCAUCCCGAGAUCCCACUACAUCUUGAGACAGGAACUUCCAGAACAAGGAAAUUCCUAACCAUACGUGAAUUCUACGCAGCUCAAAUUCAGACACAUCUUAACCAAGGAAUGACUUUAAUAAAGAGCGGUCGUCUACUCCAUCAAUAUAUAGUUGACAUUUAUACGGCAAUCGAGGAGGAUCGGUUAAGGUGGGCGAGGAACAACCAGGAUGUCCUGAGGGCAGAACUCUACAAUAAUGUCCUUGAUGCUGUAUCCAGAGGCGAUACCGAUGCCAAAAUUAUUGGUCAAAGGUUUAUACUUCCACCAAGUUUCACCGGUGGCCCUCGGUUCUUAGUUGAGAAAUACCAUGACGCAAUGGCUAUUUGCAGAGAAUAUGGUAAUCCAGAUUUGUUUGUCACAAUUACUGCCAAUCUUAACUGGAGUGAGAUUAAAGAGCAUCUUGCCAGAUAUGGUGGAGAAUUUCCUAAUGAUAGACCAGACAUUGAAUGUCGAGUCUUUAAAAUGAAGUUGGAUCAGCUGCUCAAGGAUUUCAAAACAGGAACUUUCUUCAAACCAUAUACAGCAGCAGUUCACCGGAUAGAGUUUCAAAAAAGAGGUCUCCCCCAUGCACAUAUAUUAUUGUGGUUUGGAAACUCUUCCAGAACGCCAAGCGCGGAUGAAGUAGAUGCGAUCAUAUCAGCCGAGCUCCCAGACACAGAAAAGGAUCCAGAGGCUUAUGCUUUAGUCACAAAACACAUGAUCCAUGGUCCAUGUGGUGUCAUGAAUCCAAAGUCACCAUGUAUGUAUAAAAAUGUGUGCACGAGAAAGUUUCCUCGGCCGUAUAAUGACAACACUUCGGUUGACAAGUCGGGAUAUAUAUUGUAUCGUCGGCGCCGGAACGAAUAUGCGACUGUGGUAAAGAAUGAAGCAACCUUGGACAACACUUUUGUCGUAUCUCAUAACAUCGAUCUCCUGAAGAAGUACGAGGCUCAUAUUAAUGUUGAAUGGUGUAAUCGUACAAGUGCGGUCAAGUACUUAUUCAAAUACAUUACCAAGGGUGUUGACAGAGCAACAGCUGUCAUUGAGAAAGGAAAUACGGCCAGUACAUCUGACGCAACAGCCUCUGGCGGAUCGAAAGAGAGGGUCAUCAAACACCGAAAUGAGAUCCAAGAAUACAUAGAUGCUCGAUAUCUAUCAGCUUGUGAGUCUAUGUGGCGGACGUCUAAUAACCUCGGUCUUGUAAUCCGCAAGCCAAGUAUUGAGAAAACAAUGUUCACUGAAUGGAUGGUUUUAUGCAAAAGGUCGGAGUUCGCACGAACAUUAACGUAUGUGCAAAUACCAGAAUAUUUCGUAUGGAACAAUAAUACUAAAGUCUGGUCUGAGGGUAAGAGAGGCAGAGCCAUAGGAAGAACUAUAGAUGUUCAUCCAUCAGCAGGUGAUCGUUACUAUCUAAGGAUCCUCAUAAAUAAGAUAAAGGGUCGUAGAAGCUACGACGAGCUCAAAACAUACAACGAUGUGAAAUAUCCUGACUUCAAAUCAGUUUGCUACGCGCGGAUAUUUGGACAACGAUGUCGAGUGGCUCGAGAGUAUGUCAGAGGGUGCUUUAUGGGCUACCCCAUACCAGCUCCGCGAAAUUGGAACCAAGAACUGGAUUACGAUGUUGCUGAGGAAACUCUAAGACAUGACAUGCAAUUCAACAAACUUAAUCCUGAUCAACGUGCGAUUUACGAAGCGGUCUUAGACUCUGUUGAUAAAAAGGAUGGAAAGCUAUUCUUUGUAUAUGGCGCAGGAGGCACAUGGAAAACAUUCUUAUACCAACCCAUUAUAUCAAGGAUUCGUUCAAGGAAACAGAUAGUUUUGCCAGUUGCCUCUUCAGUAAUAGUCGCACUAUUGUUACCUAACGGUAGAACCGCGCAUUCACGCUUCAAUAUCCCUUUAAAGCUCAGUGAAGAUAAGCUCUGCAACAUCAAACCUGGAACAAUGAUGGCUGAGCUAAUCGAGAAAACAGAUCUUAUAAUUUGGGACGAAGCACCUAUGACGCAUAAGCAUGCUUUUGAUGCACUGGACAAGACGUUGAGAGACAUAAUGUCAAAAAAAAACCUUCUACAAAGGAGCAGACUUUUAGCGGAAGAAAAGGAGUUCUCCGAUUGGCUUCUGCAGGUCGGGGAAGGUCAUCCACACCUAGAAUCGGGGUAUGAGUGUGACAACCACCAUGAACAGAUGAUAGCAGUUGAUAAAUCGUUGAUUCGUGUGAGUGGUGAUGAUUCACUAAAAUAA